CAGAGAUGAUUAAAUGCAUAUCUGACGAGGUGAGAACCACACACAUCUCCUUCCUGAAGAACUUCAAGGCUACCAUGGACAGGUAGGUGAUAUCCUUUUUAGAUGAUUCUAUAUGUGGUCCAACCCCAUAAUAAUUCAAUAUUCUUUCAGAGCGUCUGCCAAGACCAGCCAGCCCAACCCCCCAAAAAGUUCAGGGACGCUGAUAAACGUUGCCAACCACCUCGGCAACUUGACAUUCAGAGUUUGGGAGAAGAUGCAAAAGAUAGCGACAUACAGUCCUGUCAUAUUGGACCCCAAUACUGCUGGUAAUGAGAUCUGUCUGUCUGAAGAUUUGACAUCUUUCAGCGAAGAUUGUAAACAACCAUGUCCUGUUAACCCAAAGGGGCGUAGUGAUGGGCAUGUACUGGGCUCUGAAGGCUUCAGCUCAGGGUCUCACAGCUGGGAGGUAGAGGUUGGGGAUAGUGUGUUUUGGAGCGUAGGCGUGGCCACUGACAAUUACACCUGGGUUAUCAUGUAUACCUGCAGUCAUUAUGUAGAAGAAUCUACUUAUAAUCAGAGGUGCCCUAAGUACACUGAGAUUGAUAUCAUGUAUGAAAUUAAACCUCAAAGUAUCAGAGUUGUCCUGGACCAGAACAAAGGCAAGCUGUCAUUCUUUGACUCUGACAGUAACACACAUCUACACACUAUUUUGAGACCGUUCACUGGCAAAGUCUUUCCAACAUUUUUGAAUGCGUAUGGGCCUAUGAAGAUUUUACCAAUGAAGACCUGCAUAACAGUAAGACAGCCCGAAAAGAGAAAACCUGCUCUUCCAAAGUAGUUACUACUCAUACUGUAUAUAAGACUUACAGAGUGCAGUAACUGGCACACAGAAAUGAUGUGUACGAUCGCAGCUUGCUAAGAACAUACAUCCCCCUCAGUGGAAUGCUGUGGAGUACAAUACCCCAGAUAAUGAUUCAGGAUACUGUACAUACUCUACCCUGGACACAGUUCAUCCUAAGAUUUAGGUCGAUUCCAUACUUUAAAUGGUCAGAGGAUUGAUCUUUUUAUGUAUCAACCCCAUCAUGUUCAUUUUCAGUUUGGAUUGUGUAUUAAUUUCAUGCCCUCAAGUCACUGUCAAUUACUGUCUACUAUCUUCUCUUGACAAUUAUUGGGUGAUUCUGUCAUAUUCAUAUUAGAAUACUGAACUAUAGGACUUCUAAAUUUACUGCAAUUAAUCCCUCUGAUGUACAGUAUAUUUGCAACAAAUAACA